ACAUUAUCGGUAAAGUGUGGAAGUCCACUACGUCAGUAUGGUUACACGCUUCACCAGUUCAGUUGUUUGGCUGACAGACAUUCGAAACCGCGCCUCGUGCUGGUGAGUAAUAGUCGUGCGAUUUCACGGAACUCUUGUGCAGGGGUAGGAUGGUGAUCGGAAGUAGAUCGCUGGUGAGUGGCAUCGCACUGACGGCUAUCGUACUAGUCGGCACGCUUGACACAUCGGUCAGUGGUGCCAAAAUUCUGGCCGUGUUUCCAAGCAUCAGCAAAACAAACUACAUCUUCGGUCAGGUGCUGUUUGAGGCACUUGCCGCCAAAGGUCACAAUGUAACGAUCGUCAGCCCGUUUGAGGUGCAGUAUGCGCACGAGAACAUUCGACAGGUGAGGAUUACGGGGCUGUUUAGUCAUAUAGAGGAUUAUGGACUGCACGCAAACGUGUUUACCAAGCGCGACAAAUCGAGCUUCUAUGGCAACACCAACCUGAUUUACGGCACCGCAGCAAUGGCCGACUACACGCUAGGCCAUCCGAAGCUCCAGGAGUUGCUGAAGAACCCGGCCGAAACCUUCGACCUGCUAAUCCUGGAUCAGGUGCUGUGUGAAAGUUUACUCGGGUUGGCUUAUCAUUACGGUGUGCCGGCGAUUGUAUAUAGCGCGGCUGCCCCCAACAAGUACACGAACGAGAUGGUGGGCAACCCGCACAACCCGGCCUACAAUCCGAUCCCUUCACUCGGGUACUCGGACCGAAUGCAUCUGGUGCAGCGGGUUUGGAACACGUUCGUGUCCAUCUGUGAGCAGUUCAACUAUCGCUACCUCUAUCUACCCUCGCAAGAAGCCGUCUACCAGAGGUACUUUGGCCGGCGGCCGAACCUACCGCCACUGCUCGAUCUCAUCCACAACGUAAGCCUGGUGAUGGUCAACAGCAAUCCGGUGAUUAACUUUGCCCGCCCGAUCGUGCCGAACAUGAUCGAGAUCGGGGGAGCACACAUCCGCCAGCUGGAGGAUACGGGCUUCUCGCAGGAUGUGAUCAAUUGGGUCGAGAAGGCGAAGAAUGGUGUGAUCUACUUUAGCAUGGGGACGAACAUUCGGUCGGCCGACUUUCCGGACAGCUUGCGCGAUGCGUUCGUCGGUGCGUUCGGUAAGCUCGGCCAGGUGUUGGUCCUGUGGAAGUGGGAGAACGCAACGCUGCCGGAUCAGUCGGCGAAUGUGAUUAUCGGGCCGUGGAUGCCACAGCAACAGCUGCUCGCCCAUCCGAACGUACGGCUACACGUUACGCACGGUGGAUUGCUAAGCAUGAUGGAGACGGUGCAUUACGGUAAGCCGAUCCUGGGUCUGCCGCUUGCUGGGGAUCAAGAGAUCCUUGUGAACCGGGCGGUUGAGGCUGGCUAUGGGCUAAAGCUUGACUAUCAGAAUGUGACUGAGGAAGGCAUAUUGGAGGCGAUCAAUCAAAUUCUUAAUGAACCGGAAUACCGACAGGCAGCCAUGAAAGCAUCCCGACAGUUCCGCGAGCAACCGUUGCAGCCGAUGGACAAAGUCCUGUACUACGUUGAUUAUGUGCUAAAGCAGGACAGUGGCAUUGGUUACCUGCGCAGUGGAGCACUGUAUCUAUCGUUCUGGCCUCGACAUGUUGUGGACGUUGCCUCCAUACUGGUGCUAAUCACCAUGAUUCCGGUCGGAUUGUUUGCCACGCUGAUUCAGAUCAUUCUACGCAAAACUCACCAACGAAAAUUGAAGAGCGUAGCCGGCGUGGGCAAACCGGCAGCGAAUGGGAAAGCGUUGGAAAAAGAUGCUAAAAAGAAGCGGAAUUGAAGUUUCAGGUAUUAGGAUAUUGCGAGGGACGCCGGGAACAUUGUUUGAUACGUUGUAUCAUGGACUGAAGUAACAACUUUAUUAUUAUUGUUAUUAAAGAAACAUUUUCAAUUUA